GGGCGGCGGGCGCGGGCCGAGCGCGGGGAGCGGAGCCGGCGGGAGGCGGCGGCGCCCGCGGGCCCAUGGAGCUGGAGAACAUCGUCGCCAACACCGUCCUGCUCAAGGCCCGCGAAGGUGGUGGAGGAAACCGGAAAGGCAAGAGCAAGAAAUGGCGCCAGAUGCUGCAGUUCCCCCACAUCAGCCUCUGCGAGGACCUUCGGCAGACCCUGGAGCGGGACUACCACAGCCUGUGCGAGAAGCAGCCCAUCGGGCACAUGCUGUUCCGGCAGUUCUGCGAGACGCGCCCCGAGCUCGCGCGCUGCGUCAAGUUCCUGGAUGCUGUGGCAGGGUACGAAGUGGCUCCAGAUGAGAAGAGGAAGGAAUGUGGGCAGCACCUGAUUGAAAAGUACUUGAAGCCAAACAGUAAGGACCACGUGCCUGAAGUUCCCUCACAACUGGUGGAUGCCUGUUGUGAGAGGCUGGAGCAGGAACCUUCCAAGGAGCUCUUCAAGGAAUGCACUAAGCUUAUCCACGACUACCUGAGCGUGGCUCCCUUUGCCGACUACCUCGACAGCUUGUACUUCAACCGCUUCCUGCAGUGGAAAUGGCUGGAAAGGCAGCCAGUGACCAAAAACACUUUCCGCCAGUACCGUGUGCUGGGUAAGGGCGGUUUUGGGGAGGUGUGUGCCUGCCAAGUGCGUGCCACAGGGAAGAUGUAUGCCUGCAAGAAACUGGAGAAGAAAAGGAUCAAAAAGAGGAAGGGAGAAGCCAUGGCCCUGAAUGAAAAACAGAUCCUGGAAAAAGUGAACAGUAGGUUUGUAGUGAGCUUAGCCUAUGCAUAUGAAACUAAAGAUGCUCUCUGCCUAGUGCUGACCCUCAUGAAUGGAGGGGACCUCAAGUUCCACAUCUACCACAUGGGAGAGGCUGGUUUUGAGGAGCCCAGGGCAGCUUUCUAUGCUGCUGAGAUCUGCUGUGGCCUGGAGGACUUGCACCAGGAGAGGAUUGUGUACAGGGACCUGAAGCCAGAGAACAUACUACUGGAUGACCAUGGUCACAUCCGUAUCUCAGACCUGGGCCUGGCUGUGCAUGUGCCAGAGGGCCAAACAAUCAAGGGCCGGGUGGGGACAGUUGGCUACAUGGCCCCGGAGGUGGUGAAGAAUGAGCGCUACACGUUCAGCCCGGACUGGUGGGCUCUGGGCUGCCUGGUGUACGAGAUGAUCGAGGGCCAGUCCCCCUUCCAGCAGCGCAAGAAGAAGAUCAAGAGGGAGGAGGUGGAGCGCCUGGUGAAGGAAGUGCAGGAGGAGUACUCGGACAAGUUCUCGCCCUGCGCCCGCUCCCUCUGCACCAUGCUCCUGUGCAAGGACCCCUUGGAGCGCCUGGGGUGCCGAGGAGCUGGAGCCAAGGAGGUGAAGGAACACCCUCUCUUCAAGCACCUCAACUUCAGGAGGCUGGAAGCAGGCAUGCUGGACCCUCCCUUCAAGCCAGAUCCCCAGGCCAUCUACUGCAAGGAUGUGCUGGACAUCGAGCAGUUCUCCACGGUGAAAGGGGUGGAGCUGGAGCCCACAGACAACGACUUUUACCAGAAGUUUGCUACAGGAAGUGUGCCCAUUCCUUGGCAGAAUGAGAUGAUCGAGACAGAGUGUUUUAAGGAGCUGAAUGUCUUUAGCACAGAUGGCACAGUGCCCCCAGACCUGGACUGGAAAGGGCAGCCUUCUCCACAGCCCAAAAAAGGGUUACUCCAGCGCUUGUUUAGCAGACAGGACUGUUGUGGAAACUGCAGCGACAGCGAGGAAGAGCCCACCCGGCUGUAGAGCACAGCUCGUUCUCCAGCCCCGGGACCCCCCUGCCUCUCCCGAGUGCCCAGCCCGAAGGACACGGUCGCAGUGGCCCCACAAGGUGGAUUUGUUUACAGUUUUAUACGUCUGCAUGUGAAGACUGUGAGGAUGAUUCCAAGGCUGGCAGCCGCACACGACUCGGGUUGAGGCGCCUCUGACCACGGGCAAGCCCCGAGACAAACCCGGACGCUUCCAAAUCUGCCCCUUGGGAUGGUGCUGGUGCUGCUGCCGCUCCUGUCC